AUAAAGUGUAAAAACCCCCUAGGGGAUGCGUAAAAUCAGUAGAUACGGGACUUUUUGGCUCUCAUGCUUCCCACCGUUCUGUCAAAAGAUAAAUAUUCUCUUGUGUGUUCCGCUGGAAUCGCUCUAGCCUCUACUACGAAACAAGGUCCCUCCAUCUGCGUGCUUUGCUCUCUUAUUUUUCACCGCCAUGGAGUCCACCACGUCGGAAAUAGCCAUCGAUUGCGCUCCUUUGCUUCGUGUAUACAAAGAUGGUCGUGUCGAGCGGCUUUUAGGCACUCAGACCGUCCCUCCAGGCCGUGAUCCCAAGACAAACGUCGAAUCCAAAGACGUUGUUUUUUCACAAGAAACUGGCCUAUACGUCAGGCUUUACAUCCCAAAAGGCAUCAGAUCCUCCAGCCAGAAACUUCCUCUUCUGGUGUAUUUUCAUGGUGGAGGUUUUUGCAUAGAGACGGCCUCUUCUCCUACGUACCAUAAUUACUUAAACUCCUUAGUUUCAGAAGCUAACAUCGUUGCUGUUUCGGUUGAUUACAGAAGAGCCCCCGAGCACCCUAUCCCUGUUGCUUACGACGAUUCAUGGUCUGCCCUUAAAUGGGUAGCUUCCCAUUUUGGUGGAAAUGGUCCUGAAGAGUGGUUGAAUUGCUAUGCUGAUUUUGAUAAAGUUUAUUUAUCAGGGGAUAGCGCUGGUGCUAAUAUAGCGCACCACAUCGCCAUUAAAAUUGGCAAAGAAAAGCUGGAUGGUGUUAAUCUCGUUGGUAUUGUCUUAGCACAUCCAUAUUUUUGGGGCAAAGAACCUGUCGGUGAUGAGAUUAAGGACCCAGCUGUAAGGGCAAAGACAGAAGAGAUUUGGCGUCUGGCGUCUCCUACAACGAGUGGAUCCGAUGAUCCAUGGAUCAAUCCUGUCGAUGAUCAAAGCUUGGCGAGCCUGGGGUGCACCAGGGUGCUUGUUUGUGUUGCUGAGAAAGAUUUAUUGAAACAUAGGGGCUGGUACUACUACGAGAAGUUGAAGAAGAGUGGGUGGGGAGGAGAGGCGGAAAUUAUGGAGGCCCAAGGAGAGGAGCAUGUGUUUUUUUUGGCCAAGCCCACUUGCGAAAACGCUGUGGCUAUGCUGAGCAGGGUUGCCGCUUUCAUGAACCAGGAUAAGGCUUGAAACGAAGCACUUGGGGUUAGUAUCCGGUUCCAGUGCGGCACCACCGACCUUUUGUCUUGAAUUAUGUCUUCUUUUAUCUUUCGAUAAUAACAUAAACAAUUUUCAGCCAAAUAUGAAAAGGCAUAAGCAACCUCUUACUCCUAUGGAAAUUGAGGUAAUCAAAUUAGUAUAAUUUUGAUUUCAAUGAGAAUGCUGGUGUUUGGUCAUCUAGAUUGAAUGAAAUAUGAAAUGGAAUGAAAUCUUAUUAUAUUUA